AUGCUGUGUGUAAAGAGCAUGUCUGGAGAAGAGAUUGCUGCGCUACCGGCCGAAGGCUUUCGCAACGUGCUGGAGUUGAAGCGCCACUUGCGCGAGCUGCAUGGUUUUGCAGUGUGCCUGCAGCAGCUUGUGUGCGAUGGCAAAUGCUUGUCCGAUGACGAGCCCAUUGUGCCCGAAGAUCUGCAACUGGUGGUUUUGUCUGUCAUAAGCCAGGAGCAACACGACGAUGCCGGAAUGGAGCUUCUCAGUGCGACUGCAGAGAACGACCUCAAAGCCGCGCGCCUUCUGCUUCAAGCCGGUGCAGACCAAAACUACUACCGCAAUCCCCGCCGCAUGCUUGGCAUUGACGCGGACCGCACCACGUCUCUGAUGAUGGCUGCAACAGAAGGCCACACGGAGAUUUUGCGUUUGCUGUUGGAUGCUGGCGCUAAGAAGGACCUGAAAGACUUUAGAGGCAGGACAGCUCUUCACAUGGCAGUCUUUGAAGGCCACACUGAGACUGUGCGAUUGCUGGUGGACGCUGGGGCUGAUAAAGACCUGCGGGACGAUUACGGCAGGACGGCUCUAACACUUGCAGCCCGAAUGGCCCGCCCCGAGAUCUUGAGUUUGCUUGUGAAUGCUGGCGCCGAGAAGAACUUCCGGGACAGCUCCGGCAUGACAGCGCUUAUGUACGCAGCACGAGCGGGUAAUGAUGUGGAAGCUUGUCACCAUGCAGCCCCAACAGCCUACUUAGAGACUGUGCGUUUACUGGUGGAGGCAGGUGUUGACGACAACAUGCGGGACAAUAAUGGCAUGACAGCUCUCAUGCAUGCAGCCCGAAGCGGCCGCACUGAAAUCUUCUCUUGCUUAUGUAGCGGAAGCACAACAUGCUGA